AUGUCGCCAGCACCCUACUUCAAUGAUUCCUUCCACAGCCUGUCUAUCCGCAGCGCAGCUGAUAUCCUUGCUCCAUCUGACGUAUCCGAGUCGGCCCCAACCGGCCCAGUGAGGAAGGGGGAUCCUACUAAGGACUCCCCUGUCAUUUACGACACCACUUGGACCGUCAAGCUAUCACUCCCCAACUGGUACGCACUCAGGUGUUUUGUCCUCUCCCAUCCAGAGAUUGCACGACACUUCUGGUUUCGUUACAACAUGGUCACCGGGGAGCUGAGAAGUGGUUCUCCCGGUUCCCUUCACCAACACUGCGCAUCCGGAAUGAUCAUAGUAACAGUGGAAGACGUCAUCAAGCCCUUCAAUGUGUUAUUCCAGCUGAACAACACCACCAUUGUCCUGGUGGAGGGGCAAAUCCACGUCUCAGGGGAGUCCGUCACCGUACCGGAUUGCAGGACAGCAAGAAAGAUCAAUGUAGCCAAUGUUCUGGUCAACCCUAGGGCUAAUGUGGACCUAUCGGUAUCCGAGUUGUGCCAUUGGCAAUCUUUCGACAACGCAGUAGACAAGAGAACGCCCAGCAAGAUGCCCAGGCACCCUGGCCCAAGAAGGCUGCCUACAGGCUACGCCGCAGAGGCCCGAACUCCUUCACCAGCAUCUUCCCCCCUCCCCAUCCUCACACCUUCUCCCGCCAAGACCGACCAGUCCUCAUCGCCCGCCCAAUCGCCCACCCAGGCAGACCCGCCUCAACUUAGCAAUCAAGUUUUCAUGAUUGUCACCAUCGAGGAGACACAACCUCAGAAUAUCCCGAAGCACCGCUACAGGCCGAACAAGUGUUGGGAGCUACCGCACAAGGACAGUUGCAUCACGGGAGGCUGGGGUUAUGGCGAUGAUAUAUAUGUGGGUGAGAUCAGGGUGUACUUGCUGGCCUUCCACCCCAAGGAGGAUUACGAGAGACUGGCCUACCUGAAACACAGGUCUCUUGAAGACAUCGUGGAGGAGGGGUACGGCAUGCUCAUACGGUUGAAGUCAGAAAACCUCAGCAAGGAGGAGAAGGAGCAAGCCCAGAGGUCUCUGCAACAUUACUGCAAGACCAUGACCCAUAUCCGAAGAGCAAUAUUCAAGCAAACACUGGUGGUAUCGUUGAUGACUGGCAAACACGCCUUGGAGGACCUCAAAGCCAUGGCGCGAGAUGAGGAAAAUGACCAGGUUGAUUGGUACUACCCAGUAAUCCUGGAUCCAGUGCCAGUAUUGCGCCUGCUCCUGAUUUGCAAGCACGGAGCCGAGCAACUUGCAGAGGAGCACCGCAACAAGGUCUUAUGUUUGCCUUCCCAAGAAGAGGGAAGGUUCACCUUAGCCUCCAGCAGCCAGAUUGUGGAAGUGUUCAGCAUGUUGAAGCAUCAAUUCGACGACCACAAAUAUGCUGAGGCCGAAAAGCAAUACAGGAAAGCUCGCCUUACAGUUUCGAUCCCAGUCCCUGUGGUGUCCCCUCCCCGCGACCUCGUCAGCCCGAGUGAAACGGACAUGUUUGCCCAGCCGCCCACACCUCGCAACAGCAGCGAGGACGAGCGCAAGGAUCAUAAGCAAGACCCUGACUUCCCAGUGCUGCGUCGCCCCAGCAGCCCCAAGCCUACGAGGAAAUCAUAG